AUGCAGUCGCCAUCGUCAGUAGUAGCGUUUGGUCCAAACGUGUGUUCUGAGCGUCGUCCAAUGUGUCGGGGGGUCAUGGAUGUUGCCAACAAGCGUGAAUCAAGCAGGUCAAUGUCCUACUCAUCUGCCAUCACGUCCCGGUCCAAGCCCGCUGUGGGCAUCUCACCUUCACCGUCCACCCCACGCCGCCGUGCAUCUCAAGGCUCCUUACGACCGGCCUGGUCUCCUGUCUCCCGCUUCGUAUCCAAAGAAACUUCCCCUCUUCAGCUUCCGUCGUUCGAGAGCCUGGGCAUCUCGACUUCGAUCCCACAAAAAGCCCAUCCUCGCAGUCUGUCCGCAGACCAUUCUCCUCAGAGAUCGCCAUUGCGUCCGGGACGGGCGUCCCUCUCAGGCCCGCCCCCGGUCUUCGAGACAGUCCAAGACUCGUCGCGUGGUGACUAUGCCACCUCGCUUCCCCUGACCCCCCCAGCAGACGACGACGAGCACGUCAGCUGGAAUCCCCAGUCAGACGCCCCCAUCUUUGACGCGCACAUCAAUAAUCGCGAACCGAAACCGCAAGGACACAUGGACGAGAGUCGAAACCGGCAGAGCAGUUCUCCAUCAGAGACGCGGGAUGAUGUUUAUAGCCCCACCGACCGGAAACCGAGCGGCCGUCCACCUGACGAGGAUGAAAGAAUGGCUGGAGAGCAGUCGGGCUCCUGGCUAGCCAACAGCAUUGACGCGACAAUUUCGUCGCUGCUUGUCUCCAAUCCCCGCGGGGAAGCCGUCCGCAUUGUCUCGCAGACCCUGCCGUAUCCCCGCGCUGCAGACCGCUAUGUGAAGCUGCCAACGCAGAAUGCUGUCUUCGGGUCCAUUGUCCAGACGAUCCAGGAUCGCCUGCAACCGGGACAGUCUCCCUACAUCAAUGUCACCCAUGCGGUGCCGGAACAGUUCAGCCUUUCCAAUCUACCCACCUCCCCGCCGAGCACCCCUUCUCAUCUGGCACACCGAGACGACUACUUCAACUCCACCGUCUUCUGCAGUGCAACCCCCGUCCCGGCGUACCAUGAUUUCCGCGGCACCAUCCCGUCCGUCCCUUUUCCUUUCCCCGUCGUGCCCCCCUACAGCAUCCACAUAUCUGUCGUCGAACGGUAUCUACCUCCGUCAUCGACGCAAGAAUAUCGAGAUUUUUUCUCUCACAAUCGGCCGUCAAUCCUGAUGGAUCGUCUCAUCGAGCUCUCGCCAAACGGAGGCAGUCUGCUCCUGAUUUACCCAACAAAGCGCGGCGCGAUGACGUUCAAAACACAGUAUCUCGGGCCAAUCCUCGAUCCUCUCCUGCGUCAACUGGUGGUGGUCAACGGGCUGUCGGCCGAUGUGGGGCGGAGCCUGGGGAAGUUGGCCGCUGUGAACGGCAUGGACGAUUUCGACACCAUGAGGGCGAAUCUCGUCCAGCUGUGCGAAAAAAUCAGCAGCCCGUCCUCCCGAUUCACGGUGGUGGAAGCCGGGCGAGGCGCUGCCUUUCUGGACCGCAACCUGUGGACGGAAUGGUACAUCCAGCAGGAGCGGUCCCGAAUGAAAGAUGUCCUGAGCGUGUACUGGCAAAACGGACGCUCCCUUCCGGGCAACAGCCCGGUAUCCUCCAACAGUCUAGUCGUGGCGGAUAAGGAGGUGACGUCAGCCAUGCUCCUGGGCGAAAUCCUCGAUGGCAUCAAGAAACGACCGUAUGGAGACGACGUCGGGCCACGGGAAGGAGUGGAACUGGGUGUCUUUGUGAUUCGACGAUCUCAUUAG